UGUAAGAUUACGCUAGCCUGUUUGACUUGGGUAAUGGGGGAGAGCCCGGCAAGGCGACGGCAGAUUCGCUUCCGUUCUACCGCGUAUACCGCCAUCGUAACAGUCUAACAGCACAAUCCCAUCUGACUCAGGAUUUGGCUGUCAAAUGCUGCCUGCCCCAGGUUGCACCGUCACAAGUGGGCUGACCGCCUUCACCCGCCUCCGUCCCGCCACACUGGGACUGCCGCAAACGCCACUGACAGUGCAAACGGUGCAAAAGUACAGUCCGGAGGAGCGUGAGGGCCGAAAUUUUUGCCCGCAUUAGUCGAUGCGGAGAUUUCUUGAACUAGCAUCAUUGAAUCGGAAGGGUCUGAAUCAGAGCGCUAGUUCGAGCCCGACCUUGCGUUGUGCAGCUCUUUUUGUGAAUCGAGAGCUGUUUUCCCAGAGGCAAACGAUUGCUUACAAUGGAGCCGACAACUACGAAUCUGGAGGCUAAUGCGCCCAAGCGUGAUCCGCAGGCUGGCGAUUCCGCUGCAGACCAGGAGCCACCCUCGAAGAGGGCCAGACUUGAUGAUGCUGCCGCUACCGAUGGACAGACCGCUGCUCCAGCUCCGCGCGUGAAGGGUGUCGCUCCGAUCAAGGCUGAAUUCAUCAUCGAACAACCCUCGAGGGGCCAGCCCGCCCCAGAAGCGAAUGCCGAUGACGCUGCGGAAGCUGCACACCAUGAUGGUCGCGCCGAUGAGCAGAAAGGAAAGAAGAACAAGAAGAAGACCGGUCAGAAUACGAAUCGCAAAUUUGGUCGAUCCGAAGACGCAAAGGGACUCUGCUCGAGCGUCAACUUCCGGCCCGAGUUCUCCCCCGCCGAGUGCACCUUCGGUGAGAAGUGCCGCUAUGAGCAUAACCUGCGGACCUACUUGAAGGAGCACAAGCGAGAGGAUCUUACAACAUUUAACGGUCUUUGCCCCGUCUUCGAUGUCAACGGUAAAUGCUCCGAGGGCUAUAAAUGUCGCUUCCUUGGUUCACACGUGGAGGAGCGCGAGACGGCAGAUGGAAGGAAGGAGUUGGUUCUCGUGGAAGAUGAGGAGCGCAAGAAGAAGGUACAGCGGCUCGUCCCCUUCGCCACAGACGGUGUCGUGAAUGUUGCCGCUGUGGAGGACAAGGUUGCUUUGGCAAGGAGAAAGAUGGACUUCCCCAGGGCUGGACCUUAUAGCGAUUGGCUGGAGAACACUUCCCGGAUUAUGGAAAAGGAACUUCACAAGCGGAAUCGUGGCGGAGUUGAAGCAGCAGAGAGCAAAGAUGGAGAAAACAAGGAUGAGAAGGAGGAAAAGGAGGACAACCGAGCAACCUACGUCGAGCCGCCAUUCCUGCCAUCGGAGAAGCGACGCCUGUACUUUGGACCCGAGACCCCAGCUCUGGCGCCUUUGACCACCCAAGGCAAUAUGCCCUUCCGGAGACUUUGUGUCGAACUCGGCGCACAAUUCACCUACUCGGAGAUGGCCAUGAGUUUGCCACUGGUGCAGGGAAACAAGUCGGAGUGGGCCCUGAUGAAGGCGCAUGAGUCUGAAAUGUUGCCUCCUACGCUCUUGCCGGGGGCAAAUAUCGUCCAGGGUUACGAUAACUCCAAGGAUUUCAAGUUCGGUGCACAAAUCGCAGCGAACAAGCCCUGGCAAGCAUUCAAGGCUACCGAGGCGCUGGCUAAGCUUACUCCGAACCUGCGUGUCAUUGAUUUGAACUGCGGUUGCCCUAUCGACCUUGUCUUCCGGGAGGGUGCUGGCUCUGCCCUCUUGGAGCAUCCGGCCAAGCUUGAGAAGAUCAUUCGUGGCAUGAACACAGUCUCGGAACAUAUUCCUAUCACGGUCAAGAUUCGUAUGGGAACAAAGGACAACAACCCGAAUGCCUUGAAACUGACCGAACGUUUGCUCCUUGGAGGUUACGAGACAAGCUUGCUUCACCACGAUGGAGCUGCGGGUGCCGCAGCCAUUACUCUCCACGGCCGUAGUAGACAGCAGCGGUACACCAGACAAGCUGACUGGGAAUACAUCUCUGAAUGUGCCGCUCUGAUCAAGCGGUUGGGCGAGAAGACCGAUGCGGUGACGGAUACCGUGCGAGAGCCCGACGCGCGGACGCAGCCUAACGGUGGAAAGGUAUUCUUCCUUGGCAACGGUGAUUGCUACUCCCACGUGGACUACGAUCAACACAUCAACAAUGCUGGUGUUGAUAGUGUGAUGAUUGGACGUGGAGCCCUGAUCAAGCCUUGGCUUUUCGAGGAGAUUCAGGCGGGUCAGUACCUUGACAAGUCCGCUACGGAGCGCUUGGCGAUGGUCGAGAAGUUUGUCAAGUAUGGUCUGGAGACAUGGGGAUCGGAUGAGCACGGUGUUGGUACGACCAGACGCUUCUUGAUGGAAUGGCUGAGCUUUACUCGGCGCUACAUCCCUAUCGGCUUGCUCGAACAUCUUCCGCCGUCCAUCAAUGACCGGCCGCCAGCCUUCAGAGGCCGGAAUGAGCUCGAGACACUGCUGGCCAGUGCAAACUAUAAGGAUUGGCUCAAGAUCUCGGAAAUGUUCCUCGGACCUGCCCAUCCGGACUUCAAGUUCGAGCCCAAGCACAAAUCGAACUCGUACGACGAGGCUGAGGGCUAAAUAUGCGCUAAAAGACGCGCUGAUUAAGUUAGAAAUGACGCAUAUAGAUGAUGUACAUACGCAGCUGCUAUCACACAUGAUACUACGAAGC